GCCUAUUUGUGCUUAAACACGUGUUAUAAUAAUUAUAAUUAUUAUGGAUCUUUUCUAUAUCCUUUUAGGGCUCUUUCUCCUCGUUGUCUUGGCCAUUUUUCUUUACCUCCUCUACUCUGGCCUCUUCUACACCUACACUAUUCGUUGUGCCAUCCCUGCUUCCAUCCCCAACAGAUUUGCGUACACCUUUUAUAUUGGACCAUAUCAGAAGAUUGGCUCAGCUUGUUGGCGUCUUUGCUCCAUCGUACCUCGUUCAACGAUAUUCGUUGUGUAUUAUGAUAAUCCGGACAAGGUAGCUAAAAAGGAUCAUGAUCAGUUACGUGCUGCUGUAUGCUGUCCUCUUCUCCCAGAGCCCAGCCCGUCCCUUGAGAGCCGAUUGAUGGACGAGGGCUAUAAGAUUGGAACCUUCCCCAACUGCACUAAAGCCCUCAUCACUGAGUUCCCCUACAGAACAUCAACCUCAAUAAUGAUUGCAGUCUCAAGAGUCUAUCCAUCUCUUGUGGAAUAUAUCAAGGAUUAUAAAUUGGAAGAUUCCUGUGGUCCGUGUAUUGAGGUGUAUAAAGACGAUUCAAUACAGUUUGUGUGGAUAUUGGAGCCAAAGGACGGCUUUGCUAUUCCUCAAUUGCCUCCUCCUCCUCCUCUCAUUGAAGAACCUCCUGCCUCCAAAGAAACAAAAAAGGAUCAAUGAAUUAAUUGACUGAGAAAUCACAACUUUCAUUUAAUCUCUCAUUUAUUGCUAGUAUUAUUAUGACUGCAUUCAUUUAUGUAUCAGGCCAUUAGUGUUUGGUUGUUUACAUGUGUUCAUGUCGUGAGUGUAUCCAAUUUGUCAGUUAACUAUCAUUCCUAAUUUUGCUGUGUUUUUGUGUACAAGUACAUCUCUCCCCAUCAUCCUACUAACAGUUACAGUUAUGCACACAUUAUGCUAUUGCUACUGUGAUUGUUGUGUGUGGUACGUGUGCUACAAUAUAUACUGUCUUGAGUUUAAAUAUCAUUUAUCAGUAUCAUUUAAAACUAA